UGGUUCCGGGGAGGUUUUUAAACUGGAAAAAAGUCAAAGUAAACCAAAGAAAAACUCAAAAUUAAACAUCUGAUAAAAAGAUUUGUUAGGGUUGGCGACGGAGAUGACACUCGGUGUAAAGUCAUGACAACUGUUUUUAAAUACUUUUAAGACAUUUUGAAGGAAAUACAAGAAAACUGUGAAGAAAACAAACAUUGGGCCGGAGGGAUUUUUGUCUGCAGCUGGGAAAGUUGUUUUGUUGACGUUAGCUCGCAUGCUAACACUUUUACCUGUCGGAUAUGACAUCGACUAAUCCAGAUAUGUCUGAGGUCAUGGCUACAUCAGCUGGAUCUCAUUCUAACGGCGCCGCAGUCGUCCCGAAGGGAAACAACAAGCGACAAGCCACCUCUGACUAUGAGGACGAAGACGGAGGGAAAUUAUUUAGGUGUGAUGAUGAAGGAAGUGGCUCAAACGACAAAGAGCGUUUUGCCAGGGAGAACCACAGCGAGAUCGAGCGGAGGCGGAGAAAUAAGAUGACCGCUUACAUCACAGAGCUGUCAGACAUGGUGCCCACCUGCAGCGCGUUGGCACGGAAGCCGGACAAGCUCACGAUUCUGCGCAUGGCCGUCUCUCACAUGAAAACUCUCAGAGGAAGCGGCAGCACCGGCGCAGAUGGAGCAUACAAGCCGUCUUUCCUCACAGAUCAGGAGCUAAAGCAUCUGAUCCUGGAGGCUGCUGAUGGGUUUCUGUUUGUCGUGUCGUGCGAGACCGGCAACGUUGUUUAUGUAUCUGACUCCGUCACACCGGUUUUGAACCAGGCACAAUCUGAUUGGCACGGCUCCUCGUUGUACGAUCAGAUUCAUCCAGAUGACAUAGAGAAGCUCAGAGAGCAGCUUUCCACCGCCGAGAACAACAACAGCGGUCGGAUGUUGGACAUGAAAACGGGGACGGUGAAGAAAGAAGGGGGGCAGUCCUCAGUGAGAAUGAGUGUAGGUGCACGGCGCUCCUUCAUCUGCAGGAUGAGAUGUGGGGCUUGUCCAGUAGAACCAGUGUCCAUGAAUAGACUCAGCUUCUUGAGAAACAGAAACAGGAAUGGAUUGGGUACUCCCAAAGAUGGUGAACCGCAGUAUGUGGUUGUGCACUGCACGGGCUACAUUAAGUCAUGGCCCCUCGCAGGAGUGACUCUGUCUGAUGAUGAUGCUGAUAGUAGUCAGGGAAAUCGUUUCUGUCUAGUCGCCAUUGGAAGGCUACAGGUAACAUGUUGCCCAGGCGACAACUUGAACAACAUCAGUGUACCGGUGGAAUUCAUUUCCCGUCAUAACUGCCAAGGCGUCUACACUUUUGUGGAUCAUCGCUGUCUUGCAACAGUUGGUUAUCAACCUCAGCAAUUACUGGGGAAGAACAUUCUAGAGUUGGCACACCCAGAAGACCAGAACUUAUUGAGAGACAGCCUUCAGCAGGUGGUAAAACUGCGAGGUCAGGUUCUGUCUGUGAUGUUCCGGUUUCGCUCUAAAUCUAACGAGUGGAUCUGGAUGAGGACGAGCUCGUUCACCUUCCAGAACCCUUUCUCAGAGGAGAUCGAAUAUAUCAUCUGCACCAACGCCAAUGUGAAUAGAGCUCCAAAUCAGGAUUCCCUGUCCCCCCUCUCUUCCCCGGGGGUGGCACUGCCCCCUUCACUGGGGCAAAGCAGUCCUAACUGCCCCUCCACUCCCAGCCCAGGUCAGAUGGCAGCCAGGCAGAUGCAGCAGCAGGCGGAGUUAGAGGGCGGGAUGAGCAGAGAUGGAGUGUAUGAAACAAAUCAGGUGGCUCUUCCUCAGGUUCCAGUGCAGACUGUGGGUGUAGUCGGCAAUGAUCACAACCCCAAGACUCUGAGCUCCUCCAGCAUCUCAAGUGGACAGCAAGUUUAUCCUUCAGCAGCAUCUUUCCCCAAUACUACACAUCCCAGUGAGCCAUUCAGGUCAGCUGGUAUGGCUCAGCAAAUGGUGUCGACCCCUCACGCAGCAGGUCAGAUGCUUGCACAGAUGUCCCGUCAGAACGCACCCCCUGGAGCCACCGCAACCAACAGCAGCCCUAUUCAGGCCCAGGCAGGAACCACUGCGCCCCCUGGAGUUUGGUCUGCCACAAGACCUUCCUUUAACACACAGGUAGCAAGCCAAGUAGGAAAGAGUCAGUCUCCCCAGUUUAAUAUGGGAGGUUUUAACUCUGCCCCUCCACCCUCCACUACCUCAUCCUUCGGUCAGAUCAGUGGAGCUUCCAUGGCAAACGCAUCAAAUUACCCACAACUUAACAAUCGCCCCAAUGCUUCAACUAAUGGCUACGGUGAUGUUAAUCAGAUGGGAACACAGUUCACCUCCAGGCCAGCAGAGGGAGUGGCAGGGUGGCAGCAGUGGCAGAAUCAAGCACAUGCUCAAGGCACUGCUGACACACAUCCACAGUCUCAAAACAACCAGACAGAGAUGUUUCCAGAUGUUCUUUCCAUGUUGGAUCAGUCUGGAAGUUUCGGCAAUGAUGACUUUGGAGAGAUGCCCAUGUUUCCUCCUUUCCCAGAGUGAUCUCACAUAUUCUGUUACGUUCUUCUUUCACUGUUGCUCUCUUACUCUCCGUUUCCUUCUGUUUUAACCAAAUUGAGGGCAGAGUUUGUCAGGAUCCAGAAGUAUAGAGAGACACCUGUAACAGUGCACCUGUUGCAAGCCAUAAUGAGGAUACAAAAGAGACGGCAUAGUGCACAGACAGACAACCCUUGUGUUUUCUACAGGGAUGAUAAUGUGUUCACUUUUAAAUCACGCACAAUUGCACAAGUUGAACACAAACAGUCCCACACUGUGUCAUUGCCGAACAUGCACAUGCAUCUUUAUUUUAAGUUGGUAAUGAGGGUUGAACCAACCCACAUAAACACACACACACAAUGACAGUCUUGUCUGUUUAUAACCGUGUAUGUAUACCGAAUGCACUGCCUCAUUUCUAAUGCCACAUUUGGAUCCCAACAAAGUAAGAGGACUUGCCUAAAAAUGCUCUGAAUGAAUUCAAAUUCAAGAGCUCGAAAUGUAUUGGUGUCCAGCACUGUUUUCAUUACAACAUUUGGAAGCUGUGGUGUGUUUCCUUUUUUUUUUUUUUACAUCUGUUAGGGUUGUGCAAAAUUUAGAUUUUAAGAAUUGUCUGCCUUUGAUUUGCCCAUCACUGGAUGUUAAAUUAAAAUGACAGGAAGGAUAUUUACUGAAUUCAGAUUCCUCAGUUCAAAGUCAACAACUGGCUUAUUAGAUAUAAAGGCAUUGUUAGUCUGAAUGGCUUAUAUUGGUAUAUAGUAGAUCUGGACUGCUUUAAAACUCAUCACAGACUGUGGAUUGUUCAAAUGUUUUUCUCUUGUCAGUUCUGCAGCUUUAAUACGUAAAAGCCGAUUGCCUGAAACGUCACUUCCUGUCUUCACGUCUCUGCUGAUGACAUGAUGAGCUGUUACUCAGGCAUAUUUUUAAAACAAAACAUUUUAAAAUAUCAAACCAAGCAAUAAUGAAUAGGGUUUGUGUAAAUGUCAGAAGCCAUUUUUCUUGGUAUCCUAAGUAUUGUUAUGGAUUUAUUGUUGAAUAUUGACAAACCUAUUAAGAAUAAUUUGCGUUGUCAGUGUUUUGCUUUAAAAUUCAGUUUCUGAUUGUUGUUAUUCUAAAUUAUCCUUGUACAGAGAUUUUUUUCUGAAUUUUUAACAUACUUCAGAUGAAUAUUUUACAGGUUUAAUAAUUGAAUUGCUAAUAGAUUAACAAUUCAAUGUUGAAUUAAGUUUGUUAUUGAAUGUGGGUGUAUCCUCUUUAAUACUAAGUCAGACCAUGUGUCAAUAUUCUCUCUCUUUUUAUAAAGUGAUAUAAAAUGGCCAAUGCUCUGAUUCUGUGUGUUGUUUGUUUCCAUCUUGUUCCUCAAAAAGAUUUUUAAAACGAUGCGAGCUGCAGUUUGUCUAGUAAGCAUAGAUAUAAAUAAGCAUAUAUGUAUAUGAAAUGUUAAAUGAUGGAAGAGAACUUGGGCUUUUGUAUUAAAUUGUUAUAUUGUCAAAAA